AUGCGGCAGAAUGGCGAACAACAGACUCCCCCGACUACAGAUGUGAAUCAUCUAAUUAAUACACCUUUACUUGUGUUCUUUGGAGAUUCCAAUAAUGUGCAAAACACAGUAACUUACCCUCCUGAAAUAGCCGAGUCUUGGGACCGGACUCUCUACGAAUCCAUGUUCGGCAAUGGCUUCGACGGGAAUUUCGCGUCUUUAGAUGGCACAGCCAACAAGGCUUAUAUACCUCCUGUAGAUUAUCAAUCAGAGAUGGCGUCUUUCUCCAACUUUUCGGUAGCCGCUUCACCAGCCGGAGCCUUUUCCUCAUCUGGGAGACAGGAGACCGCCAUAAACAGUAGCACACCGGCUUCUCUAGGAGAUGCCGGCACUAGUCAGGAUCCGAUGUUUGAAGUCGAUCGCGGGAUAUCCGAGAGCGAUACGCAACGGCUUGCCAAGAUUAACCUCGAUUCAGUUAACCAUGUUGGCCAGAUUGGACGAGGGUCUCCCGAAAUUAGUCUUAACACACUUGUUACGCUUAUCGACACGUCAGACGACUUUUCCGGAACUCCAAUUCACAGUAUACUGAGAAGUAGCCGCGAGCUUGUCGACGUUAUAUGCGGGCUUUCGAAUGCGAAUAAGAAAGCGAACCCAGGUGCCGUCGCAUGGUUCCUCCCCGAGGACGCCGGAAUCAAGAUCUGA